AUGGCACCCCGCUCGCAGCUAGAGAUCACCACUUCCUCCGUGACCCGCCUGGUCAAGGAGGAAGCUUCCUAUCACAAGGAACUUCAGCAACAGUCUGAGCGUAUCAAGAAGCUGGAAGCUGAUACCACUGAUGAUGAGAACCGCGAGUACACCCUGAAGCAAGAGCACAUGGCUCUUGAAGAGACUAGAAAGGUUUUGCCUACGUUGAAGGAGAAGAUUGUGCAGACCGUUGCGAACCUGGGAGCUCUGAUUAUCGAGGAGGGCAAGAAGGGAUCAGAGAGCAAUGUUGAGCACAUUACCGCGGCCAAAGAAGCCAUUGCCCAGGCUAAGAUCGCACAGCGCGAGAUUUCGUAA